AUGUGCAUCGUAUCCAGAAAAAUUGUGGAACAACACAGAUACGGUGUCAGGGAGAUCAAAGCUAGCGGUGACAAAAUCUUCGUAAAAUUAACUUACUCACCAAAAGCAGCAACAUUAAAACGAAAAUUCGGCUUGCUGCCAAUCAAAUAUUUGAGGACCAAAUUGGAUAAGAACGCGGAAUUCCAGGUAUUGGAAAGAAUCGUCAAAAAAUAUCGGUUCAAUUUGUUGGACGAACAGUUGGAAGACAUCAAUCGACAGUCUAUACAAGAUCGACCUGGAACGAGUGGUCUUGGUGGUCUUGGUGGCAGUCGCGGUGGUGGUGGUGGUGGUAAGAAGAGAAAGUUGUAUCUGGAACCACCAGUGCUACAAAAUGUGGUAGUUGAUGAUGAUGAUGAGCAGGAGGAGGAGGAGGAGGAAGAGGAGAAGGAGCCUACGCAAAAGGUUAGGAAACCACCACCACCACCACCAGCAUCUACAACAGUCACAGGCAAUGAUAACGAUGACAAUGAUGAUGAUGAUGACACAUUGUUAUUGUCAUAA